AUGCAAAGGUCCGAAUGUAGUCGGCCAGAUGCUGCUUCUGGUCCGGACUUGGCGUGUCCGGACUCCAUCCAAAUAGACGCUGCCCGUCAGAUGCACAGACUCACAACCAGCAGCAGGCUUCCCCAACGGCCCGCUCGCCCGCCUGUGCCCAAAGAACCAGUGGCAAAACCACCAUUGCCCGUAUCAACAGACUCCCCCAGUUGCGCCUCUUGUGGGACCGUGAUCACCCCGAGUCCCGUUGCCACGCUUCCUUUACGUGAUACUCCGAGCAUCAACGUGGGCGACUGGAAAAUCUACACGGCUCGGCACCCGAUCCUCAAUGCGUCCGAGAUCGACGAGUUCGAGUCCAUCUUGAACUUGCCUGUGCCUGAGAUGAUUUUCGGCAAUAACCGAGUCCGCAUAUCCCAUCCAAAGCUCGAGAUCGACUUCUGCGCACUGGAUGCGCUCAAGCUGGUCGAGUUUAACCCACCCAACUUGAUCCAGGUCAGCUACGCGUCGGAAUGGGUGAAAAGUCGCCAACAUAAACACUACAACAAUUCCGAUGUCGUGCUCGAAAUGUACAAGCCUUUCGACUGGACGUACAGCACGUUGUACAAGGGCCUCGUGUCGGGCUCGGAGAUGAUCAGGGACGACACGAUGGAGAUUCCGUUGGAGAAGCUGAAGCGGCAGGACCCUAUCUUGUUCUUUGACGAGAUGGUGCUAUACGAGGACGAGCUUGGCGAUAACGGGAUAUCGGCCUUGAGCAUAAAAAUCAGAGUUAUGCAUUCGUGUCUGUUGUUAUUGCAGCGGUUAUUCGUGCGCGUGGACAACGUUCUUUUGCGGAUCUACGACACAAGAGUUUACAUUGAUUUUGAGCAGAACUUGGUGAUCCGGGAGUUUAAAAAACAGGAGCUGGAGUACGACAAGUUAUUCCGGCUAUGUACGGGCAACGACCCGCGCAAGAUGAUGCGCGACAUCAACUGGUGUUCGCAGCGACUGCCUGUGGUGUCUGUGGAGCGCGAGUAUGCAGAGUUAUCGUAG